CUAUCACGAUCGCUUCCUUCUUCGCUACAAAAUUCCAAAGCGGAGGGAUCGAUCGGGGAAAAGCGAAGCAGCAGGAGGAGGAACCCUAGGAAUUCUUCCCCUGAUCCGUCGUAGUAUCUUGUAAAGCCCUAGGAAGCGCGCCUGGAUUGAGGCCUGCGGAAGUGGAUGGUGAUGGGCGCGACGGGGUCGAAGCUGGAGAAGGCCCUCGGCGAGCAGUUCCCCGAAGGAGAGCGCUACUUUGGGCUGGAGAACUUCGGCAACACCUGCUACUGCAACAGCGUCUUGCAGGCACUUUAUUUCUGUGUCCCAUUCCGUGAGCAAUUGCUGGAGUAUUAUGAGAACAAAAAGAGCCUGGUAGAGGCAGAUGAAAAUCUUCUGACAUGUCUGGCAGAUCUGUUUUCCCAGAUCUGCUCUCAAAAGAAGAAAACUGGCGUUGUCUCUCCUAGGCGCUUUGUACAAAGAGUAAAGAAAGAAAACGAGCUCUUCCGCAGCUAUAUGCAUCAGGAUGCUCAUGAGUUUCUGAACUUUUUGCUAAAUGAGCUUGUUGAUAUUCUGGAGAAAGAGUGUAAUAAUGCAAAGUCUUCCCCGGAUGGCUCAUUGACGUUAGCUCAAGUUGCAAAUGAUACAAACAAUACUCUAGCCAAUGGUGUAAAGAAAGAACCCUUUGUUACAUGGGUUCACAAAAGUUUUCAGGGCAUUUUAACGAAUGAAACGAGAUGCCUACGAUGUGAAACUGUUACUGCAAGAGAUGAGACAUUUUUUGACCUAAGCCUUGACAUCGAGCAAAACAGUUCCAUAACAAGUUGUCUCAAGAAUUUUAGCUCGACAGAGACUUUAAAUGCAGAGGAUAAGUUCUUCUGUGAUAAAUGCUGCAGUUUGCAGGAGGCUCAAAAGAGGAUGAAGAUCAAGAAGCCCCCAAACAUCCUAGUAAUGCAUCUCAAGCGCUUCAAGUACGUUGAGCAGCUCGGCCGUAACAAGAAGCUUUCCUACCGGGUUGUCUUCCCUUUGGAGUUGAAGCUCAACAACACCAUAGAAGAUUCCGACAUCGAGUAUUCACUCUUUUCCGUUGUGGUUCACGUAGGAAGUGGUCCCAACCACGGUCACUACGUCAGUCUCGUUAAGAGCCACAACCAUUGGCUGUUCUUUGAUGACGAAAACGUGGAGAUGAUUGAUGAAUCCGCUGUGCAAACCUUCUUCGGGUCCGCGCAGGAGUACUCCAGCAACACCGAUCACGGGUACAUCCUGUUCUACGAGAGUCUCACUAGCAGGAGCUGAAGAGCAAUGAACAUACAAUUUUCAAAUUUGUGGGCUACUUCAUUCCUCAAUGAGAAGAAAAGGAUGCAUAUAGUAUAUUGUUGAAGCUCAUGCUCUCUUUCGAAAUAACAAGGAACUUACAUGAACACGAAACUUCGAUACGAGAGAGAUUGUUGUAUGACAAUUGAAAUUUAUUUUCUUUUUUUUGUUUAAAUUAUGAUAAUUUUUUUUUGGAAGGAAUAUUUAUUGUAAUGUAUUGUUAAUGUGAUGAGCCUUUACUUGAAUCCUUCAUAGUGAAGAAAAACCCUUGUUCUUUUUUCUUCAA